CCGCCGCUGCAACCGCCAGCCGCUCUGCAGUCUCAGCUCCUAGCACCACAGCCUCCGGGUCCGCCAGCAGCGCCACCACCAUGCGGGAGAUCGUGCACCUGCAGGCCGGCCAGUGCGGCAACCAGAUCGGGGCCAAGUUUUGGGAGGUGAUCAGUGACGAACAUGGCAUCGACCCUACCGGCACAUACCAUGGGGACAGUGACCUGCAGCUGGAGAGGAUCAAUGUGUACUACAAUGAGGCCACAGGAGGGAAUUAUGUCCCCAGAGCUGUGCUGGUGGACCUGGAGCCUGGCACCAUGGACUCUGUCCGCUCUGGUCCCUUUGGCCAGAUCUUUCGGCCUGACAACUUUGUGUUUGGCCAAUCCGGAGCCGGCAACAACUGGGCCAAGGGGCACUACACUGAGGGCGCGGAGCUGGUGGACGCCGUCCUGGACGUGGUGCGGAAGGAGGCCGAGAGCUGCGACUGCCUGCAGGGCUUCCAGCUGACGCACUCGCUGGGAGGCGGCACGGGCUCAGGCAUGGGCACGCUGCUCAUCAGUAAGAUCCGCGAGGAGUUCCCCGACCGCAUCAUGAACACCUUCAGCGUGGUGCCCUCGCCCAAGGUGUCGGACACGGUGGUGGAGCCGUACAACGCCACCCUGUCCGUGCACCAGCUGGUGGAGAACACGGACGAGACCUACUGCAUCGACAACGAGGCGCUCUACGACAUCUGCUUCCGCACGCUCAAGCUGACCACGCCAACCUACGGAGACCUCAACCACCUGGUGUCGGCCACCAUGAGCGGGGUCACCACCUGCCUGCGCUUCCCAGGCCAGCUCAACGCCGACCUGCGCAAGCUGGCGGUGAACAUGGUGCCCUUCCCGCGCCUGCACUUCUUCAUGCCGGGCUUCGCGCCGCUCACCAGCCGGGGCAGCCAGCAGUACCGCGCACUCACGGUGCCGGAGCUCACCCAGCAGAUGUUCGACGCCAAGAACAUGAUGGCCGCCUGCGACCCGCGCCACGGCCGCUACCUGACGGUGGCCGCAGUGUUCCGGGGCCGCAUGUCCAUGAAGGAGGUGGACGAGCAGAUGCUGAGCGUGCAGAGCAAAAACAGCAGCUACUUCGUGGAGUGGAUCCCCAACAACGUGAAGACGGCCGUGUGCGACAUCCCGCCCCGAGGCCUGAAGAUGGCGGCCACCUUCAUCGGCAACAGCACGGCCAUCCAGGAGCUGUUCAAGCGCAUCUCAGAGCAGUUCACGGCAAUGUUCCGACGCAAGGCCUUCCUGCACUGGUACACGGGCGAGGGCAUGGACGAGAUGGAGUUCACUGAGGCCGAGAGCAACAUGAACGACUUGGUGUCCGAGUACCAGCAGUACCAGGACGCUACUGCCGAGGAGGGCGAGUUCGAGGAGGAGGCGGAGGAGGAGGUGGCCUAGCGCCACGCCAUCGCUGCCGCUCUGCCGGCCCUGGGCACCUGCCCUCCCUGGAACCCCACUU